AACCUCUUGAAACAUUGCAAAAUUUCUGUACAGAGUUGGGGAGCAGUUUUCCUAAUGAUGAGUAAAAAAGAAAAAGCCUGGGACAUGUAAAGAACUGGAAGGGAAGGGGGAGAAUGUGGAAAUCCUAUUCCAUAUUUCUCCACCAACAUGCUUUAAGUUCUUGGGAGCUUAAGCAGGCUGAUUCUCCCUCCCUCUUUCAUGGUUGCUCAACUGCUAUUAACAUUGUUUCUCUUCUGGAAUAUAUUUAAUGGUUUUUGAUUUCCCCCCCUUUAUUAGUUGUUCUUCUCUGAGAGGAGGACAUCUUGCUGGGUGUUUCCCACCCCAUCCUUAGGGAGGCAGGAACCAAAAACUUCACUUCCUGUUCUCUUGGAGGAACACGCCCCCAAGCUCAGUUUAGUUCCUGCCUCGUUAGGGAGAGCAGCACUUUACUAGCACUCGUGCUUUACUUGGAUAUUUUUUCUUCUACCUUUUCUUCUAUUUUUACAAAAAUCUCUCUAGCUAUUCUAAAUGUUAUUUUUCUAAUUGUUCCAUCUUUGUCUAUACUCCUCCUUUCUCUCUGCUUCUUUCCUUCCUCCUCCCUCCUUUCCCGCCUGACGCCCCGGCUGGGGCAUGUCUGAGAGGGAAGAUUCGGAUGGCUUUUUUUAGUGAGGACGAGUCCGGAAAAGCGAUUUUGAUAGCUCAGAGGUCCUACAGCCAAACUGAAACCAUGUCCUUGGCUCCCGCGGCUGCGGCGAGUUCCUCCACAUCAAAGAAAUCUGGCGGGAAAAAACGGCCCCGCUCUCCAAGCUCGGAGCACAUUGCAGGCGCCAUCUUGGAUCAGGCAGCAAAGCGCAAAACUCCAGAGGAAGGAGUUGGAGGCUGCGGGGCGGCUGUCGCCGCUGCUAUAAGCCAUGAUUAUGCUGAGGGUGAAUCUCUUGAGUUCCCGAAUGCCCAAGAUCCGCCUGAUCGCAGAGACGAGACAUCUCCAAAGGGUCUACCCGCAAGUAGCCCUGACAGCAGCGGAAAUGCAUUAAUAACCCCUGAGGGUGCUGGUGUUUCCCAUCCCUAUGAUAGUGGGCACAUAGCAAUGACUUAUACUGGCCUCUGCUGCCUAGUAAUUCUUGGCGAUGACUUGAGCCGAGUAAAUAAAGAAGCCUGCUUGGCAGGACUAAGAGCUCUCCAGCUGGAAGAUGGGAGUUUUUGUGCGGUCCUUGAUGGAAGUGAAAAUGACAUGAGAUUUGUAUACUGCGCUUCUUGUAUAUGCUACAUGCUCAACAACUGGUCAGGAAUGGAUAUGAAGAAAGCCAUAGACUAUAUUAGGCGAAGCAUGUCCUAUGAUAAUGGGCUUGCCCAAGGAGCUGGACUUGAAUCACAUGGUGGCUCCACUUUUUGUGGUAUUGCAUCAUUAUGCCUGAUGGGUAAACUGGAAGAAGUCUUUUCAGAGAGAGAACUUGACAGGAUAAGAAGAUGGUGCAUCAUGAGGCAGCAGAAUGGCUAUCAUGGCCGGCCAAAUAAGCCUGUAGACACCUGCUAUUCGUUUUGGGUAGGAGCAACUCUUAAGCUUCUGAAAAUAUUCCAGUAUACAAACUAUGAAAAGAACAGAAAUUAUAUAUUAUCAACCCAAGAUCGCCUUGUUGGUGGAUUUGCUAAAUGGCCAGAUAGUCACCCAGAUGCUCUGCAUGCAUACUUUGGGAUCUGUGGCCUGUCAUUAAUGGAUGAGUCUGGCAUUCGUAAGGUUCACCCUGCCCUGAAUAUAAGCACAAGAACCUCAGAACGCCUUCAGCACCUUCAUGAGCUCUGGACAACCAGGGACUCUAUACCGUGUUCAGAUGAUGUGCACAGUGCCACAUGACUGAUUCAGACUCCAGUUGAGCUUGGUAGCAUAAUUGUAGCCCAAGGUUAAAGCCAUGUACAACCAAUGUGCUCUUUUAAGUGCUGGAAUCAUACAAUCAAAUGCAUAUUACUGGCAUCAUUGUGACAGCAACUGGCCUUUAGCCAGUUAUUCUGGAGUUGGAUUAAAAAAGAAGUUGCUUGCACCUACAAAUACUCCAACAGACUCUGUUUUUAAGAAUCUCUUCAAGGCAGAAUUAAUGACUAGUUAUAUUGUGUUACUUCACAAUAGUUAUAUUGUGUUACUUCAAACAGUGCAAUGGAAAGUGUAAUAAUAAUAAAAAGGGUAUCCACAAUGUAUUGACAUAUUUUCAUACUUAAUCUUUUGCGUUUAAUUGACACAGGCUUCGUAUAAAAUCUUAAAAUUAAGUGGAUUGCUGAAAGGUGUCCUUUUAAGGUAGAU